CAGACCUUCCAAGACAAAUCCCCACCCACUCUGAGCAUGGACUUGUUGAGUGAAUCCCUUGUGCUGGUGCUUUUCCUCACCUGCCUGGUGUCUCUGAGCUGGGCCCAGGAGAAGGAUUACACAGUGAAGGAGGAACAGCCAGAGAAUGUGCGCAUCGGGAAUCUGCGCAAAGACUUGGACCUAAACCUGGACCCAAAUGUUAAACUGUCAUCAGCCCUGGAGUUUAAACCCGUCUAUAAGUCGGGAGAACUUCCUUUGGUGAGGGUGGAGGCCAGCACAGGCGAGAUCUUCACAACGUCAAAUCGCAUUGACCGCGAGAAGCUGUGCUCUGGAAUCUUCAAUGAGAAACGCUGCUUCUAUGAGAUCGAAGUGGCUGUGCUACCUGAUGAGAUCUUUCGCCUAGUCAAGAUUCGCUUCCUUAUUGAAGAUAUUAAUGACAAUGCCCCUCUGUUCCAGUCGACUGUCAUUAACAUCUCCAUUCCCGAGAAUACAGCUAUCAAUAACCGCUAUCCAGUACCCUCAGCCUUUGACCCUGAUGUGGGGCUUAAUGGCAUCCAGCACUAUGAGCUUGUCAAGAGUGUGAGUGAGUUUGGCCUGGACAUCAUUGAAACUCCGGAGGGAGACAAGUGGCCCCAACUCAUAGUCCAACAAAAUUUGGAUCGAGAAACCAAGGACACGUUUGUGAUGAAAAUCAAAGUGGAAGAUGGUGGCACACCUCCGAAGUCCAGCACAGCCAUUCUCCAGGUCACUGUUUCAGAUGUAAAUGACAAUCGCCCAGUGUUCAAGGACAGUGAGGUGAAUGUGAACGUGCCUGAAAAUGCCCCUAUGGGGACAUCAGUCACGCAACUCCAUGCCACUGAUGCUGAUCUUGGCUCCAAUGCUCAGAUCCACUUUUCCUUUAGCAAUCAAAUCUCUUCAGUAUCCAGACGGCACUUUGCUAUUGACAGUUCUACUGGAUUGAUUACGAUCAAGCAGCCAUUGGACAGAGAAUCCAACCCAGUCCACAAGCUCAUAAUCCUGGCAAGUGAUGGUAGCACCACACCUUCAAGGGCUGUUGUCUCAGUGAAUGUAACAGACAUUAAUGACAAUGUUCCAUCCAUAGACACUCGGUAUAUAAUAAACCUUGUUAAUGGCACAGUAUUGUUGUCUGAAAAUGCCCCUCUAAAUACAAAAAUAGCUCUAAUUACAGUGACUGACAGGGAUGCUGACCUUAAUGGUAAAGUGACAUGUUACACGGAUCAUGACGUACCCUUUCGGUUGAAGCCUGUUUUUAAUGACCAGUUCUUGUUGGAAACUGCAGCACCCUUAGAUUAUGAGACUACUCGAGAGUAUGCAAUUAAGAUCGUAGCUUCAGAUUCAGGGAAGCCUCCUUUGAACACUUCUGCAAUGGUCCUCAUUAAAAUCAAGGAUGAAAAUGAUAAUACCCCAGUUUUCCCUCAGCCUGAGAUUCAGCUGUCCAUCCCAGAGAACAAUGACCCUGGUGCACAGCUGAUAAAGAUCAGUGCUACGGAUGCAGACAGUGGCUCUAAUGCCCUUAUUAUUUAUACCCUUGGCCCAGAUGCACCUGAUGGGUUUAACAUAGAUCCACGGUCUGGUAUACUCUCUGUUAGUAAAAGACUGGAUAGAGAAAAACAGGAAGCCUAUUCAUUUAUAGUCAUUGCCAAGGAUAAUGGUUCUAAUCCUUUGCAAAGCAAUGUCACCGUGAAGCUAAUUGUCCAAGACCAAAAUGACAACAGUCCAGCCUUCACCCAUCCUGAAUAUAAUUUCUACGUGCCUGAGAACUUGCCUUUGUAUGGCACUGUUGGCUUGAUUACAGUUACAGAUGCAGAUGCCGGUGAUAAUUCCAUGGUUACGCUCUCAAUUAUAAACGGGAAGGAAAAUUUUAUUAUUGACCCCAAAACUGGUGUAAUUAAACCAAACAUUACAUUUGACAGGGAGCAGCAAAGUUCCUAUACCUUUAUAGUCAAAGCUGUGGAUGGAGGAUUAAUUCAGACUACUUCAUAUGCCAAGGUCACCAUAAAUGUCGUUGACGUUAAUGACAAUCGGCCUGUGUUUGUCAUGCCACCUUCCAACUACUCCUAUGACCUGGUCCCUUUAACAACCAGCCCUGGCUCUGUGGUGACCCGAGUGUAUGCCAUUGACAAUGAUACUGGCAUGAAUGCAGAGCUGCAGUACAGCAUUAUUGGAGGGACACCAAGAGGACUGUUUGCUAUUGACAAAACCACAGGCAACAUUACUUUGCAGGAGAAGAUUGUUAAUGCUGAUCAAGGCCUUCACAGGUUGGUGGUAAUGGUCAAAGACUUAGGACAGCCAGACCCCUUGCAUGCAAUUGCACUUGUUCACUUAUUUGUGAAUGAUACUGUCUCCAAUGCUACAUUCAUUCAGGAGCAAGUCCGCAAAAGUAUGGAGACACCUUUGGACAGAAACGUUGGGGACAAUGAUGUAAUCCCUCAGACUAAUGGCUAUGUAAUUGUUGUCAUAGCCAUAAUUGCUGGAACUAUGACUGUCAUAUUGGUGAUAUUUGUGACUGCUUUGGUACGUUGUCGACAAACACCCAGGCACAAAGUUGUUCAGAAGGGCAAGCAAAGCGGUGAGUGGGUAUCACCAAACCAGGAAGGCCGGCAAAUCAAAAAGAAGAAGAAGAAAAAGAAGAGGUCUCCUAAGAGCUUGCUGUUAAACUUUGUCACUAUUGAAGAAUCCAAGUCUGAAGACCCUACUCAUGAGCACAUCAAUGGCACCUUAGACCUUCCAGUUGAGCUUGAAGAGCAGACAAUGGGAAAGUAUAAUUGGGCCACCACACCAACCACAUUUAAACCUGACAGCCCUGAUUUAGCCAAGCAUUACAAGUCAGCUUCUCCCCAGCCUACCUUUCAGAUCAAACCAGAAACCCCAGUGGCUCCCAAGAAGCACCAUGUUAUUCAGGAACUCCCCUUGGACAACACAUUCGUAGUUGGCUGUGAAUCUCUCUCCAAAUGCUCCUCCAGCAGCUCCGACCCAUACAGUGUCUCAGAGUGCAGCUGUCAAGGGAGCUUCAAGGCACCUGGGCAAAUUCACACCCGACAGAACCAGAACCAGACCCCAGACAAGACAUUGACUGCAGUUCCUGCCACUUGUCCCCAUAAGCAGAGUCAGAGGCGUGUGACCUUUCACCUUCCAGAUGGGUCUCAGGAGAAUUGCAUUGCCACUGGGCCAGUGGAACAGGAGGUGGGCAGCAGUGCCAGUGCUACCAGCACCACUCAGUCACUGCCACUGGGAUUCCCACAGGACCAGUACUACGAGCAGACAUCGCCCAACAGCCGCACCGAGGGUGAUGGCAACUCUGACCCUGAGUCUACUAUUGAAGUGAACCUGCAGAAGGCCAUGGCUGAGGCCUCGGAGACCUGCACCCAGGAAUGUCUGAUCCUCGGCCAUUCUGACAGCUGUUGGAUGCCCCCGGCAGUGACCCAGUUCCAGACGACUGCUGCUGCCACGUUGCCUUCAUUCAGCCUUCAGCAGAGCUGGGCACGCAGCAGCGCCGUACCAGACGGGCGUCACACCCUUGGCAGAUCUGUGCCCAAAGAUGAUCUGGACAAAGGGAGCAAUCGGCCCCAGUUCUACAGCACACUGGACAGACACUGUAGCAAGAAAGAGGAUGCUGUGAAGGUCAUCCCUCUGGCCAGUUUCUCUGCCACAUCGAGCCCUCAGAACUCGGGUACUGUCGCCUCCUCCUCAUUCUUACGUGAGCAUCAGCUGUAAAGCAAGAAGCAAGUAUUUCCAGUUAGUUACAGUGACACAA